CUCCUUGAACAACGAACUAUGAUGACUAUGAUGCCCAGACGACACCUCAGACGUUGAAAAAAUCAAGACUCUUCGUUUUUAUUGUGUUCGAUACUUGCAAAGUACGAUUUGAUAUUCCGAUACGAAACCCGAGUAAACGCUCUCGGAGCGUCUAGUUUCAACAAGAUUGGCCACCUUUCUGAUGUGUUGAAAGUAACUGAAGACACAAGGGAACGAUUUAAGGGCUAUAGAAGCUGCAAAUGCUCCAUAAUAAUCCUUUGUUAGAGUUCGUAGCUACGGACGCUGCGGUGAAACCAUCCUAGUGUGACCUAUGACGGGAGAAAUAUUUCAUUCCCUCUAAAGACGGAGCGAAGAAUGCUUGGAAACAAUUCCUCAACGAUUUUGCAUCGACCUGGUUCAGACAGCAAUGAGACAAAAUGUGCUGCUUUCACGGUUGGACUAGUUGAAGUUUAUAUCACAAUCCAUGUUGUCACUAUUCUGGUGUCCUUGGUGGGAAACAUUCUUCUGAUUAUUUCCUAUGUGAGAAUGAAGGAAACGUUAAUGCUCCCUAUCGCCAACAUGGCUGUAUCUGACCUGCUGACUACACUUUUUCUAAUGCCUCGUCUUGUUAGACGAGAGCUCACCGGAUCCAACGAUUUCCUCAUUCGUGGAGUUACAGGUACAUUACUGUGCAAACUAUGCUCCUUCCUAAGCGACAUAUCGCUAUCUGUGUCGACCCAGAGCUUAGUACUCAUAGCUGCUGAGCGAUUUCUCGCGAUUGCUUGUCCAAUUUUAUAUAGGAAGGUAAUGACGGUGAAAAGACGCUAUCUCUUCGUAGGCUUAACAUGGAUAAUAUCCAUGGGAAUUCAUUCGCCAUACUUUUACGGUUUCCGUCUGUCUACUAAUAAUAUUUGUGAAAUGAACUGGGAACCAGCUUUCGAUCAUAAGUCGACGCAGCCACGCUACGUGCUUUUUCUUUUCGUAACAGUUUUGCUUCUACCGUUAAUUACUAUCUCUGUGCUUUACUGCAUUUUCGGCGUCAAGAUUCGGCGAGAUAAAGUAGCUUCGUCUCGAACCGAGAGAGGGGCCUUGAGACACCAGGAACGCAGCAGAAAGUUACAAAGAAUGGGAAUAGCUACUGUAACGGCGUUCUUAAUCUGUUGGCUCCUUUAUAUAGUGAUAAAUGUUUUCAAACUGCUUUCUUCAAAUACUGAUCAUGAGUGUAGCCAAGGUUUUAAGAUAGUAGACAAUAUAUCUCGCGUUUUAGCAAGCUGUUACUCUGCUGUAAAUCCCUGUAUUUGCUUUAUAUUUGUGAAAAGCUUUUCUCGUCAACUUUUCGCGUUAUGCAGAUGAGAAGGUUCACUGAAAGGGAUCAUAGAGAUAGAUGUUUGCAGGAAAUAAUACCUAUUGUGUUCAAUUUUGAUCAGCACGCUGGGGAGCCAUCACUCCGAAGUCAUAGCCGUUUUGGCAAGGACGUUGAAUUGGUUUUUAGCCACAAGUGAGCUCCAUAACCAUUAGCCAAGCAGUCUACUGACUGAGUUUCAACAACAUUUUAUUUUUAACGAUGACUACGGUCUGAAGCCUUAUGGAGUGGUAUAAGCAUUUGUAUGUAAAGGAACUUUAUUCAGUUAAACACUUACAGAUCAAAAUAGUGCCAAUAUCAGUGAUGUAAAUUUCGUAAUCAUAUCUUGAAUUUAUGCCAACAUGGAUCGCAUAUCCCUUGAUUUAAUAUAUCGCUCACCGGUGUAGGAAAGUGAUGAUUGAUGGCAAUGUUUUGGUAGUUGGUUAGUGUUUUUAGAACGUCGAAAUAGUAGUCAGUCUUAAGCACAUUAGUACAGAAUAAAACAAUUCAAAAAGCCGACAGGUGUACGUGCUUAAGCGUGGCGAACGGAUGUAGCUUAAUUACAAUCUUUUCCUGUGACGCACGAAUAAGCAUCUUUCUGCGAACAAAGGCCACUUUAUCUAAUUAACCUUAUUUCUGGGAUAAUGUCGUCACAUUUAGAUAAUAUAGCACUGAAAAAAUAUAACCAAAUACAUUACACUAGUCAAGGCGCCUAAUUGAAAGUUUAUUUUUCCUUCCUUUCUCAAAGAAUAUUUACCAUAGCUGUGCUGCUAUGCUAUCAGUGAAUAUGUGAAAUUUCUUCCUUUAGCGUGACGUCCUCCUCAACGCUGUUUGAUUUUUUUUGCCUUCAAGCUAUCUCAA